AUGUACGCUUUGCAAGUGUACAAUGAAAAAAUGAAGUGUUGGAAAGAUGAAGGAGAUGAAAAUGCUCCACUUCCAGCACCUGUGGUUAUCGUAAGUUUUUCAAAUAUUCAUAGAAAUUUCCAACGAAGAAUUAAUUUCAGUUCGAAAAGUACCGUGCACGUCUUCUACCUAUCUCUGAACUUCCAAUUCUUCAAAAUCAUCCCAACAUCGAAUCAAUCGGACUUUCUGCCACUGAAGCCAUAGUUAUCGAUUCAAAAAUCGCAAAAACUUUUAAGAAACAUCAAAACCUCGAACAAGAAGAAGAAGAAGAUGAAUUUGCGAUGGACACAACAGAAAACAUCGAAAAUGGACCAUUGCACACUUCAUUUGUAACACUGUCGAAAUUGAAAGCUCGAAAUGGUCACGAAACUGAAGAAGAUUUGGCUGGUUUCGAGUGUGUCGAAUUUUUCGACUGUAAUCCGAUUGAUAUCAGUGAAGCGAUGAGUUUGGAGGCAAAGUGAGCAAAGUCCAAAAACCCAUCGAAAAUCUCUUAGUUUCUUCCAGAAUUCGCAAAACUCCUCCAUUUGAUAUUGAAAAACCAAUACCAAUAAUCAUCUCAACAAAAUCCCCUAAAAAAUUGUUAUCAUCAAUUGCCUGGAAAAUCAUCGACCCAUUACAAAAACUCACAGGAAUCACGCGAAUUCUUGGAGUUGCCUGUAAUGAGACACGAAAUCAAGUCGUUCAAUUGAACGGCGCAUUUCCUUCUCAAAAUUACCCCGCCGAAACUCAAGAAUUCCGGGCAACUUAUCAAAUUAAGCGCGCUAUUUGCAGCCAAAAAAGGAGGAAUCCCGGAGAAGUUGUGGUGGAUAUAAAAUGGUGUCAGGGAACGGCGAGCGAAUUUCUGGCGUCACCACCAAAUUCGGCGGUUUGUACAGUGAAAGUGGAUUUGGGAUGGGCGGAUACGCGAUUUUUUAGAGAUGUUGAAAUGUAUGGAGAGGUUAUGUUCAUUUUGAAUUUGGCUGAUGUUUUGGGUGAGUUUGAAUUGAAAAAUCUCAUUUUGGGAAAGUUUGGUCCGGGAAUUCAGAUUUUCUGGGAAUAAAAAUCUAGAUGACAAUUGCAAAUUCUUGAAUCUCAUUUUCCAGCCAAUCCUCAAGAAGAGAUCAAAUUCAUCGCCAGUAAUCCGGAAAAUCUUCGCGCAGAAUUAGACGAACUCAUUCAAGAAGGUUCUCGAAAAGACCAAGUUUUUGGAAUAACUGCCGGCGAGCUCGAAAUCACCGAAAAACUCUGGAAAAUUCUCUACAAAUCUGCGAAUAUCGAACAAGCCGCUGAUUUGCUUCGCAUUUUUUUCACCGCACUGAAUUUCGGAUCAAUUUCUUCGCGUGUUCAUUAUAAUAAUCGAAGUCGAUUGGCUCAAUUGAUACAUUCUUCAAAAUCGGGCAAUUUUCGAAUUCCGCGCUUAGAAAAAUUGAAUACGGUUGAAAUGAUAAUGGAAAUCGGAACGGAAUAUUUGAAAAGAAAAUUGAUUCAAGAUUUUUCGACCAAGAUUCAAUUAAGUCAAGAAGAGCUGGAAAUGACGAUGACGAAUUGCGAACGCGAAAUUCGCCGGAAAUUUGAGGAGGCUGAAUCAAGAGCAAUUGCCAUUUUACCGAUUGCGAUGAGUUUGGCGACGAUUGAGGAGUUUGUGACAAUGAUUAAUAAGAAUUCGGAGAAACGGAUUCCUGAUAUUGCGAGGUAAGAUUUCAGGCAAAAAUUGUUUGAUUUGGAGAAUUUUCAGCCGAAAUUCAAAAAAAAAUUGGAUCAUUUUGACUUUCAUCUAUAAAUAGGUGAACACAAAAAAUAAAGCUAAAAAUUAAUUUUAAAUAUACAAGCUCUUGAAGCGUACAUUUCUGUGAUUGCUACCUGAAUCCUACCAAAAAAAUAAAUAUUUGUUUUCAUAUCAUUUUUUCUUUCAGAAAAAUUAUCGCCGAACACGUUUCCUCAACAAUUGCUCAACUCGGUCAAUCGAAAUUCGAUUUCAAAUUCGAACAACGUCUCGAAAUCUCCUCACUCUCAUCAUCAAUUUUCGAAUCUCGUCGCCCUACGGUUUGGCGAUGUGAAACUAGGAAAUCACAAGGAAAACGACAAGUUGCGCGACUCAUGACAUGCCUCAAUUUGGAAAUGUCGCUCGAGGAGGUUAAUGAAGUUGUGAAUUCGCAACGACCAGCGAUGCGCGAACUUUCUACAGUACCUGGCGAAAAUUCGGAAAAAGCGCGAAAAAUUCCAGUCAAAUCGAACUCUGAUUACACUGUAUCCCACACUAUUUUCUCCUAUUAUUAA